GUCUUUUCACGGUUCAGUCUGCCUUCUUCAUCUACUCUUAUAAUUCUCCUCACUGUUCAUCACCAGCAACUUUUUCUUCCCAAGCUUUUCCCGCGGGAUUUUACCCCAGGAUUGCAAAUGAAGGCGUGGGACAAACGGAGCUAUGCGGCAACUAACUCCCGCCUGCUCCAAGUGCGGAGCGUAAAGGAAACUCCUAGAAAGCUCGGCUCUCCCUCCAGCCUUGCGCCACGAGGCCCCUGUUCUCAGGUUUAAAUACUUGCAUUACGAGGCACGCGCUGCGGCCACGUUCCGGCGCCACCUUCUCUUUGGCCGGGGAACGGCGCCGGCCCGGGGGCGCGGAGCGGAGCGCCGACCGGCGGCCUCGGCGCCCUCGCUGCGCUGGGCCCCGGGUGCUCGGGCCCUCGGCGCCGCCCUGCUCUGGUGCCCUCGCGGCUCCCGGCCAGCGGCCUCGUCGUUCCCCAGGCCGGCGUGGAGCCGCGGGCUGGAGGGCCGGGCGGCGCCGGGAUUCUGCGUCACCGCCUGGGCGGGGCGGACCCACCGCUGACGCCAUCAACCCGGCACCUGCCAACAUGGAAGGUGGCGACGGCAGCGUCGCUGUGCCUGGCCUUGGGGCCCUGAGCUCUGGGACGGCUGCAACGACAGUCCGAGAGCUUCUGCAGGAUGAGUGUUAUAGUGACUUUUUAAAUGAGGACUUUGAUGUAAAGACUUAUACUUCUCAAUCUAUUCAUCAAGCCGUAAUUGCUGAACAACUAGCAAAACUUGCCCAAGGAAUCAGUCAGUUGGAUAAAGAACUACACCUACAGGUUGUUGCAAGACAUGAAGAUUUACUGGCACAAGCAACUGGUAUUGAGUCUUUGGAAGGUGUUCUUCAGAUGAUGCAGACAAGAAUUGGCGCUUUACAGGGAGCUGUUGAUAGGAUGAAAGCAAAAAUUGUUGAGCCAUACAAUAAAAUAGUAGCCCGUACUGCACAACUAGCAAGACUUCAGGUUGCCUGUGAUUUGCUUCGGAGAAUUAUUCGCAUUUUGUAUCUCUGUAAGAGACUCCAAGGACAACUACAAGGAGGAAGUAGAGAGAUAACAAAAGCUGCUCAGAGUCUUAAUGAACUUGAUUAUCUUUCUCAAGGAAUAGAUCUUUCUGGAAUUGAAGUAAUAGAAAAUGAUCUGCUUUUUAUUGCAAGAGCUCGACUUGAAGUGGAAAAUCAAGCUAAGCGCCUACUGGAGCAAGGUGUGGAGACUCAGAAUCCUACUCAAGUCGGAACAGCUCUUCAGGUUUUCCAUAAUCUUGGAAUUCUGAAGGAUACUAUUAUCAGUGUUGUGGAUGGAUAUCGUGUUACUUUAGAGGAAAAUAUCAAGAAUGCGUUAGACAUCAAAGUUUUGACUCAGCCUUCCCAGUCAGCUGUGAGAGGGGGUCCUGGACGAUCUACCAUGCCAACCCCAGGAAAUACUGCAGCAUUUCGUGCUUCCCUCUGGACCAAUAUGGAGAAACUUAUGGAUCUUAUUUGUUCUGUUUGUGGACAGGUACAACAUCUACAAAAAGUAUUAGCCAAAAAGAGAGAUCCUGUUUCUCACAUUUGUUUCAUUGAAGAAAUACUUAAGGAUGGACAACCUGAAAUUUUCUACAAGUUUUGGAAUUCAGUUACUGAGGCACUUCCUUCUCAAUUUCAUGGGACAAUAAAUACAUCUGCGUUUUUGAAACAGGCAUGUGAAGGAGAAUACCCUAAAUUAUUGCGUCUUUAUAAUGACUUCUGGAAGCGUCUUCAACAAUACAGUCAAAAUAUCCAAGGGAAUUUUAAUGCAAGUGGAACUACAGACCUCUUUGUUGACCUACAGCACAUGGAAGAUGAUACACAAGAUAUAUUCAUACCAAAAAAGCCAGAUUAUGAUCCAGAAAAGGCUUUGAAAGACUCACUGCAACCCUAUGAGGCUGCUUACCUGUCAAAAUCCUUAUCACGACUCUUUGAUCCUAUCAACUUGGUUUUUCCCCCUGGUGGUCGUAAUCCUCCUUCCUCUGAUGAACUUGAUGGUAUCAUUAAAACUAUAGCAAGUGAACUAAAUGUAGCUGCUGUUGAUGCAAACCUCACAUUAGCUGUGUCAAAAAACGUGGCAAAGACCAUUCAGUUAUAUGGUGUAAAAUCAGAGCAGCUUCUUUCCACACAAGGAGAUGCAAGUCAGGUGAUUGGGCCUCUUACUGAAGGACAGAGAAGAAAUGUGGCCGUAGUGAAUUCACUGUACAAGUUGCACCAGUCAGUAACAAAGGUAGUUUCCAGUCAGAGCUCAUUCCCGCCAGCAGCUGAACAAACUAUAAUUUCAGCCCUAAAGGGGAUCCAUGCUCUUAUGGAAAAUGCUGUGCAACCAUUACUGACUUCAGUGGGAGAUGCUAUAGAAGCCAUCAUCAUCACCAUGCAUCAAGAAGAUUUUUCUGGGUCACUAUCCAGCUCAGGAAAGCUCGAUGUUCCUUGUUCUCUGUACAUGAAGGAGCUACAAGGUUUCAUUGCCAGAGUUAUGAGUGACUAUUUUAAACACUUUGAAUGCUUAGAUUUUGUCUUUGAUAACACUGAAGCUAUUGCCCAAAGAGCAAUUGAACUUUUUAUCCGCCACGCCAGUCUCAUCAGACCUCUUGGUGAAGGUGGGAAAAUGCGGCUUGCUGCUGAUUUUGCACAGAUGGAGUUGGCUGUGGGUCCAUUCUGCAGACGAGUUUCCAACUUAGGAAAGUCCUAUCGAAUGCUGAGGUCAUUCAGACCACUGCUCUUCCAGACAAGUGAAAAUGUGGCCAAUAGUCCUACACUGGGGGACAUUAUUCCCUUCAGCAUCGUCAUUCAGUUUUUGUUCACAAGAGCACCUGCUGAGAUGAAGUCCCCGCUCCAGAAGGCAGAGUGGUCCCACGCACGCUUCUCUCAGUGGCUGGACGACCAUCCGUCUGAAAAGGACAGACUCCUCCUCAUCAGGGGAGCCCUGGAAGCUUACGUCCAGACAGUGAGAAGUAGAGAAGGCAAAGAAUUUGCACCAGUUUAUCCCAUAAUGGUUCAGCUGCUUCAAAAAGCUAUGUCUGCUCUUCAUUAACAAUAUGAAAUCCAAUCUCCACUUCGUACUAACCCACUCAUAGUCGGCAGUUAAGUAACACAUACUCUAAAAUUUAGACAGCAACUAUCUACUAUUUUCAGAAUGUAAUGGAUUUUUCUGUAUUUCCUGUUGAUCCCUAUUUACCUCUUUAGCACUUCCACUUUAAGUAGCAUAAAAUGUCAAAAGAAUCAUCAUCACAGCCUUUAAAAUUCAUGGACCUGAUUUUUCCAGAGAUUCUUUUUUUCCUUUCAGACUUUUGUACAAGGCUAAAAUUUCUUUAUCACCUGAGUUCCACUAUGGGUACAGCCCCACAAAGUCCCCAUUGCUUCUAAAGGGAUAUGAACAAGUUAUAGGUAGCCUGUUUCUCCCAAGCUGCCCUCUUCCCUGGCUCAGUGGCUCCCAAAUAUGGCUGCACAUUGACAACACCAGGGGAGUUUAAAAAAAUCCUGAUGCGCGACUUACACUCCAUACUAAUUAACUUGUCUGGGAGAGGGAGCAGGAGCCAGGCAUCAGUAUUUUUUUUUUUAAAUCCCCACAGUGAUUCCAAUAUGCAACCAAAGUUUGGGAACCACUAACAUAUUCAAAACUAAGAUGUAGGGUUAAAUGUUCUUGUUUAAAUUAUGUCAUACUGAAUCUUUAAAUAAAGCAAGGCUUUCUUUA